GCCGCCUGGACCCCUUGCAGGGAUGUGUCGGUGGCAUCCCACUUCGAAAUACCCCACCAACGCGGCUUCAAAACAUUCUCCCAAACAGUCAACUCGCGCCACACCGCUGCUGCUUGCUCGUUUGGUUGCUGAAGACUUGACCUUGCUACUGCUCUUUUUCUUUUGUCCCGACCAACAUGUCUAAGCUUUUCUCCCUUGAGGGCAAGGGCCUCAAGCUCACGACUGCGGAGGAUAUCGAGCCGCACAUCCAGGCCCUGAAGGAGAACAACGAUGUCGAGGAGGUCCGAUUCCUGGGCAACACGCUAGGAAUCGAGGCUUGCGAGGCUCUCGCAAAAGUUCUGGAGACCAAGAAGAGUCUGAAGGUCGCAAACUUCGCCGACAUCUUUACAGGCCGUCUCCUCUCUGAAAUCCCAGCUGCUCUCCAGCACCUCGUAAACGCCUUCCUCACAUUACCCAACCUCCAGACCGUCGACCUCUGCGACAACGCCUUUGGCCUCAACACCGUCGCGCCCCUCGUCGACUUCCUCUCCGCACACACGCCCUUGCGCUUCCUGUACCUGAACAAUAACGGAAUGGGUCCCGCCGCGGGCGUCCUGCUCGCCGACGCCCUCACAGCGCUCGCAGGCAAGAAAGAGUCCGCGCGCAAACAGGGCAGCGACGUGCCGGACCUCGAGCUUGUAAUCUGCGGCCGCAACCGCCUCGAGAACGGCAGUAUGCAGGCCUGGGCCAAGGCGUACGCAGCAAACAAGGGCGUCAAGACAAUCAAGAUGACACAGAACGGCAUUCGCCAGGAGGGCAUCACGCACCUGCUGACCCACGGCAUCGCGCACCUGUCCAAGCUCGAGACGCUGGAUCUACAGGACAACACAUUCACGGCCAUGGGCGGCAAGGCGCUGUCGAGCGUCGUCGGCAACUGGCCGGCGCUGCGCGAGCUGGGCGUUGGAGACUGCUUGCUGUCCGGGCGCGGCGGCGCGGCCCUCGCGAGCGCUCUGCAGGCGGGCAAGAACAAGGACAUUGAAGUCCUGCGCCUGCAGUUCAACGAGAUCAACGCCACGGGCCUCGCGGGCCUGGCUGCUGCGGCGCUAAAACUGCCCAAGUUGCGCCGCGUCGAGAUCAACGGGAAUAAGUUCGAUGAGGAGGAUCCGAGCAUCGAGAAGCUGCGCGACAUUCUGGAUGCGAGGAAAGAAGAGAGCGGCGAGCGGGAGGAUGACGAGGAGUAUUGGGGUCUUGACGAGUUGGACGAGCUGGAGAGCGACGAUGAGGAUGAGGGGGACAGUGAUGAUGAGGCGAAGAAGGGCAGUGAUGAUGAUGAGGAGGGUGUCGAGGUCGAGGAGCGCGCCGCGAGACAGCUGGUCGAAGAUCAGAGGGCAGAGGAGGCUCCUGUCGCGCAGGAGAAGGACAAGAAGGUUGAUGAUUUGGCUGAUGUCUUGGCAAAGACUGAGAUCAAGUAAGCGAGGAGACUGUUGCUAAUGCUUGGAGCACGACUUGAUGCGCAUGGUAAUUCAGAUGCAUAACGAGGCGAUACCAUAGAAUUUAUGAUUUCCAUUUGUAGAGUCCUUGAUCAUGCGUCCGUGCAUGACCAUCGUUCAUAUAAUUCACGAGGUACCACCAUCAUGAUGUCUGUAAAUACCCGUCGCCCAUUAAAGCUCGACAUGACGAGCUAUCGCACC